CGAAGCUUCGCCGGCAACUUGACGAGUGCCUUCCCUUCUUCAUUAACGAUGGUCUCUAGCCUAGCGGCUCAGUUGACCCAGAAUGCUUCGUUAAAUGCCUCUUUGCUCGUUGAUAGAACUCUUCGGAAGCCUACAGAAUCCUACCUUUUCACUGGGAAAGAUGCCGACCAGUACGACUUGGACUCCGUGUACGCUUUGGGCGCCAAUGGUUUCAUACAGCUCGUUUCUUUGGAUCCUGGAUUAGGACAAUACGAAUCCGCCCUGUUCUCCUAUACCGCAAAAUCCAUUGACAGGACGCUACUCACGGCAGCGGCCAAUUCUCAAUUGGAUACGUCGAUCAGAUCGUUUCUGCUGGCAUUGGGCCCAUACUUGUUGGAAGUGCCAACGGGGAAAGUGAUCGAGUGGCUGGUUCGACGGUUUAGGGUUAACGAGUUCAAUGUGGAGGCACUCAUCUCCGUGUUUUUACCAUACCACGAGACGCCACAUUUCGCAAAAAUGAAUACUAUCCUACAUGUCAAAAAGAACACGACCUGGAGCUUUUUAUUACCAUUCAAAUCUGCAGCGCAAAGUGUUCCAAGAAUCGCUUUGGUAACAGAAAUGAAGAAGAACUCGGAAGUGGCUCGCCACAUCUCUUCACUCCUCCCGAAUGCCAUUAAGGAAGGAUACUCGCAUCGGACACUGGUCGCUUUCAAUGCCGCAACACUCCACGACUUCAUUAUCCACAGCGACACCCUCGAAGAAAGUUGCAUUGCGUAUCUUCUCCCAGCUUUAGUCGAACCCCUUCAAACUGGCUCCCCGAAAGAUGCUAUUCUCGGAAGUUACAUUCUGAUUUCGACGCUAUCUCAAAAAUGCAAAGUUACACCGGCCGCCCUGAAGGCAUUAGUUGUAUCAAUGAUUUCAUGCGCGCAUGAAGUCGGUGUAACACAAGUUGUCAACGCGCUUAUCUCAGUUUGCGAAGCUCAGGAUGUUUUGGAAGAACUUCCAAAUCACACUGUGAAAUCGUUCUUACGCCUCAAGGGCAUCAACGAAGAGGUGGAGCGGGCAAUGAGCUGGGAGGGGUCGGAAAAGUUGAUAGUUCCGUUAGUCAGUGGGAUUGGUCGCAGAUUGAAGGAUGACACCGCUGUUGGAUUUGUCGAGACUGUCAUAUCCAGCCCCGUCAUUCCAACUCUAGUUAUUCGUCAUUUAACGAAGAUUUUGUUGACACAAGCUGUGACCGCCGACCCAUCGUCUGCGUCUGAUCUGGUUGAUGUCCUCAAUAUGUUAUUGUAUAACAUCCUUCAACGACACCCUGUACUUUUCCGCGAACUGAUUGAUGAGAUGAGUCAGGCAGGAGAUGAAGGGACAAAACAUCGGUUCGAGCAGUUGUCAAUAAACCUGAGCAUGGGUUACGCAUCCUCAAAGUCAGGAGGAAUCGAAAAUGUCGACGACAUAGUUGCAACCAGCAAUGCUGACGACCAGAUUCGGGCGACUGCUGUGAAAAACUUGUUGGAAAAGUCUGAAUCACUGGAAUCUAGGGAUGGCGAAGAAUCCCUUCAUGCUGCGCUUCUGGCGCGAGUGCAAGACACGUCUCAGUCGGUGCUCGAAAUCUUAUACACCAACAACCCGCCACUUUUCCUCCGGGUAGCCGCAAAGAAUCCUCAGAUUUUUUUGGAUUCCCUUGAUGUCGCGCUCACAUCCUUUAUCGCAAAACCAAGACGUGCUAUACUCAAACUGCAUCUGGGGUUUCUGUUAGAACAUUUCUUCCCCAAAGUGGACGGCAAUGACCACAUUGUUGAAGGCGCCUUCCAUCGCUUCAUCUUCCCCUUUUUGCUGUAUUCCAAACCCAGACAACAUACUGCUGACCUUGUAUGGGAUGCUUUGGACCACUAUCUCAGUCGUGCGAAGGGUCCUUCAUCCUUGAAAGAGCUCCUAAAGGGCUGCGAUGAAGUAAGGAAAUUACACGUUCAAGAGGAUCCAAUCGAGAGAAUGGCAAAGAUAAAUCAGUCUCUUGCAGCAAGAAUCGCUGAAAAUGUUUUAGCUUCAAAUGAAUAUCCUCACCACCUCGACGAAGUGGUCAAUAAGUUAACGGAUGAAAAUUCCCACGCCCGGGUCUUCGGCUAUCUUAUCGCAAGGGCGUUGGUAACCAGACUCUCUGGAGAGCACCAAGUUGCGGCCGCAGACCGCAUCUUGAGUGCUAUAAAUUUGGAACAAGUUGCCGCCUCAGAAGAUGCAUCAGACGAUGUAAUCGAGAUCUUGAAGAAAGUCGAUCACAUUAUUGUCCUGAAACCCAAUAGCAAGAACACCGCAUGUUGGGUGCAAGUCUCUACCAUCAACACCUUAUCACAGAUUCUACCUCCCGAGGGUCUUUCAGUCGACUUUAUCUCCUCUUCGCUUCAGAGAAACCCUGACGACCGUGGUUAUCACUACGCAAAGGUGAUGCGCCAUAUAUACAAGAUAUGCAACUCUCUCAGCCCCGCCCUUAAGAAACAUCUGCUUUGCAAGGUUUUCUUAAGCCUCAAAGAUGAUGCCCUAUUGUUCUUCGCUGGCAUCUUCUCAUCAAAGUGCUACGAUUCGGAGAGAGAUGAUCUUGUCAAGAACCAAAUGAAGGCAUCUGCUCUCCACUACGCCUCAGCAUUUGUGGAGGCAGCUGAAGACUCUGAAGAGGCCGGAAUAGAUUUCCAGACGAUUGUUCCGUGUCUCCUUGUUGCAUUACAAGACAAAGCUCUCGAAGUCAGGAAAGGAGCGACUGAGCUGUUGGCCAGAAUUAAGCGGUCGACUAAGAAAAAAUUUGGAUCCGUGUACGCUUUCGACAUUGUCUACGGAGACAACAAACAUGAUAUCCAGUAUUUAUCGCAAGAGGAUUUCAAAAAGUAUAUGAUGUCGCUAUUGAAUCAUAUUGAACAUUUUCUGCAUGACCCUCACUAUGUUCGGGUGUUUCACAAAGACCACCUUGCCCGCUCUUCUAGCAAUCCGAAGAAAGAAGCGAAUUACAGACAUCGUGUCCUGUGCUACAUUCUUUCUCAUAUCACGGCCUCAACGGAGGCAUCUGCUCAAUUAACUCUCCUCAGCACCAUUCAGGACGUCUCCGACAAGUCCAAAGUUGAGGCUCUCCUACCGAUCAUCCAACAGAUCACUUCCAUCUCGGAAUCAGCAUCCCGCCAUUUCGGCAGCUAUCGGGACGAGAUCGUCAGGUUGACCACUAGCGCGUUUGACACGUCUGUCACGGAUGAACUGAACGAGAAACCUCUGCUAUGGGAUACCUACCUUGCUAUAGUACAAACCUCUGUGAAAACUGCUUCAAUGAGGGAAGUGAUUACAGCAAGAAUAACGAGCAUAUUUCCAAAACUCCAACAACAACGGAAAGUGGAACUUUGUCUCAAACUCGUCGAACUGGGUUCUGGGGAGGGCUCCAACAUUCAAACAUACGUCAAGAAUUUACUGUCGAUCAUGUUAUAUGAGUCAGUAAUUGUUAUUCAGCUAUUAAAUUCGCUUCGUAUGGAGGUUGUCGAUGGGCCGCGGUCCAGUAAAAGGGCGAAACUAGCUGAGCCUUGCGAGCCCGAGGACCUUUUAUUGCGUUUAGGUCUGCUUGCGGAGGUUCUGGGCUCUGUAUCACUUCCGAGCUCCUUGGAUCUCAUUUCCCACCUUUUGGAGACUUUGAGUAGAGUUAUGCAAUCAACACCCUCCGUCAAUACGGACGUUAUUUUCAUAGAACAGUCAUUAAUGUCUGCCAUCGACAAUGUGGCCGGGAAAGUCAAGGAGACAAAUCGAGCCCCAAAUGCUAUUAGAUUAGAUAUUCUCGUGGAACUCAUUCGAGUGACGGAAAAUCCUCAAACAUUUCAACAGGCGUUGUUGUUAAUUGCCAAUCUUGCACGUUUCGCUCCAGACUCUGUGCUGCAUAACAUAAUGCCGGUGUUCACUUUCAUGGGUUCUAACGUUUUCCAUCGUGAUGACGCCUAUAGCUUCGCAGUAGUUCAAAAGACCAUCGACAACAUUGUUCCUGUUAUGGUAUCCUCGCUCAAGAAGACAAACAACGCGAGGCUCGAUCUUUAUAUCGCAUCGAGAGAUUUCCUUCGUGUGUUUACUGAUGCUGCAAAUCACAUUCCAAGACACCGUCGUACAAAUUUCUUUGCACACCUCGUUGAUGUCUUAGGGCCCGGCGAUUUUUUGGCACCGGUCUGUUUACUACUUGUGGAGAAAUCAACGAAUAGGAUCAUUCGACAAAAUACUGAUGAUUCUCAAACUGCCUUAGCGCCACCGACCUCGUUGAUACAUCAUUAUUCUGCUCCGUUACAGAUCAGUGCAUUAGUGGAAAUGUUGCAUGAAUCCCGACGUCUAGCAAGUCGCGCGAAUGGUGUAGAUUCUUCCCAGCCUACUCUACUUGACGACUCGUUACCCGAGGAGAGCACUAUAUCCCCAACUACCAUGUCCAAGCGCCGUGCUCAAGCCAUCAUAACGUUUGUCGGACAUGCUACGAAAGUGUUCCCUUCCGCCAAGGAAACAAAAGCGUCGUCCUCAGAAAGCCCUCCUUCUUUGAGCAAUUUGGUUUCUCUCUUCAUCAGUCUUGCUACGAUGAAGAGUAAAGAGUCUGCGCCCGAUCUGAGAAUCGACGAAAUCGUUAGAAGUGCGCGACUCGCGUUAUCUAAAGUAUUGAGUAUAGUACCGGCCAGAGACUUUGUUGGUGCUAUCUUGUCAAUGUUGGGAUCUGGCGAUGGAUCGGUACAAGCAGGUGCUCUGGAUCUCUUAUAUUCACGGCUUCCAAAAAUUUCGACUUCUGUACGGCAAGAGGUGGUUCCAUCCAUCGUCAAGAUUGUAGAGAGUGUGCAGACGAUAUUAUCUCAUCGCCCAGAGAAGGCUGCAAUCUUCUCAGCCCUUAAGGCCAUUGAAGCUAUCGGUUCAACUAUGUCGCAAGGAGAAGAAAGCUGUUUGACCAAUCUCAUCUCAUCCAUGAUAGUUUUAAUAAAAGAUCGAGAGCUGGGCACCAGCGCAAUGUCAGCUUUGGCCCCGCUGCCAUCCAAGCUUGGUCCACGACUCAUCCCCUUCUUCCGGGAAAUAGUUUCUCAAGCGGUCGUGAUUCUGCCAGAAGCCGAUCAAGAUCUUUCAUCUUCGACGAUCAAAGUGAUACAUGGCUUCCUCAUGUCGAUUCCCACUCUCUGGAGCUCCGUGGAGCUAAACCUAGUCUUAAAACUCUCCCUGGAUUACAAAGUCUCGCCACACUCACAAGAGGGUAUUGCUAUGCUAGUUAAAACAAUAACUAAACGAGCACUUUCCAAGGUGCUCUUGCCGACGAUCUGUGAGCUGUGGCCGAGUCUUGAGAGAUCUUCUCAACCGGUUUCCCUCAACGGAUAUUUCGAUAUUACUAGGCGCUCAAUUCGUAGCGCGGGUAGGACCGAAGUUCAAGAACAUCUUCGAGCACUUUUCAAGGUCUUCCUCGGGGCGUUUGAGGCUGUCAAGGCGCUUCCACUUGAACGAGACAAUGCCAAAGCUCGAGCGAUAUUGUCCUUCGUUGAGCUUGUUGUCAAGCUUAACGAGUCAGCAUUUAGGCCCCUUUUCCGUCGUUUACAUGACUGGACUUUUGUGGAGGGUAACGAUACCUCGAGGUCCGUUACGUUCUGCCAGAUCUAUAUAGGUCUCUUGGACUACUUUAAGAACUUGAUGAACCCGUACAUGACAUUGGUUAUAACACCGUUGGUCGAGAUUAUGAAGGACCAUAUCACCUCCACAUCAACGAACAAGGAGCUCCUUACCGUUGUUCUAGAAACCUUUGCGAAAAGUAUUAGCUACGAUGAUGGAGGAUACUGGCGUGACGAAAAGAUACGCCAGGUCACACCAUCCUUAAUAAGUUUGAUUCCCAUUUGCGCCCAGCUGAAUAUCAGCGAAGGGAAGGCUUACCUACAAGAUUCCUUAACAUCCACAGCGGAACAUGUCCUUGACGAUACCCUCCUCAAGACUAUAAACCUGGAUAUUCUGAUGCACACGCGAUCGGAAGACGCUUCUACCCGUAUUUUUGCCCUUUCGUGCUCUGAAGCCCUUUGGAGAGUGCAUGGCGGAAAGUUGUUAGGGUUCGUUGCAGAAACGGCUACGUUCAUUGCAGAGUGCUGUGAAGAUGAACAUGAUACGGUUGUGAAGGAAUCUUUCAAGUUGAAGGAUGCGGUAGAAGCGGUGGCAGGGAGUAUAAACGGGAUGUGAGAUGUGCUUCCUAGGUUAUAAACCCAAGAUGAAAUAUCUGGCCUUUACUGCCCAUAGGCUUGUACCACGUAUCCCACAAUGAACGAUCUGUUGCAAGUAGAGAUCAAGGGCUCACGACCCUCUGACA